AUGACGGCAGCCGCCGCCGCCACCGAUCCGGAAAAGGCAGAUCUGCCGCCGCCGCAGAGACCCCGCGACAGCUAUGAUCCGGAAAAACAUGAGCGUCCGGCCACGCUCUCGAGCAGCAGCGACGACGACCACCAUGAUGACGCCGAGGAUCAUGGCAGCGACGCCGCUUCGUCGAGGGCUGGACGGUCGCUGUCGCGCGCCGCCUCGGCCGCGUCCCGCACGUCGCACCUUUCUCGCACCGUCUCGGAAGUCCGCGACGGCAUGCUGAACCAGCGUGACCUCGAGAUUGGCGAGGAGAGCGAUGGCAGUCAGAGCAAGGAGCGGCAGACCCAGGAUCCGAACUUGGUGACGUGGGACGGUCCUGACGACAAGGAAAACCCGAAAAACUGGUCCCUCAAUAAGAAAUGGAUAGACGUCCUUCUCGUCUCACUCUUCACCUUCAUCUCCCCAAUCUCUUCAUCUAUGGUGGCCCCGGGUCUCCCUGCUAUUGGCAAGGACCUGCACAUUGAAGGACGUACCGAGCAGGUGCUCGUCAUGUCCAUCUUUGUCGGCGCCUACGCCGUCGGCCCCCUGUUCUGGGGCCCCAUGUCCGAGCUGUACGGGCGCAUCAUCAUCCUGCAGAGCUCCAACGUCUGGUUCUUCUGCUUCAACCUGGGCUGCGCGCUCGCCCGCACCGAGGGCCAGAUGAUUGCCUUUCGUUUCCUCGCGGGCCUGGGCGGUUCCGCGCCGCUGGCCAUCGGCGGCGGCAUCCUGGGCGACCUCUUCACCGCGGAGCAGCGCGGCAAGGCCAUGAGCGUCUACUCGCUCAUGCCGCUGCUCGGCCCGGCCAUUGGCCCUAUCGCCGGCGGCUGGAUCGCGCAGCAGACGUCGUGGCGGUGGGUGUUUUGGAGCACCACCAUUGCCUGCGGCUUCAUCCAGGGCCUCGGCCUCGUCCUGCUCCGCGAGACGUACGCCCCCGUGCUGCUGCACCGCAAGAAGACGCGCCUCGCCAAGGCGACGGGCAACACCAACCUGCGCACCGAGUACGACCGCCCGGACCGCACCCUGGCCCAGACGCUCGGCACCGCCCUCACCCGGCCCUUUCGCCUGCUCGGCACGCAGCUCAUCGUCCAGAUCCUCGCCCUCUACAUGACGUACCUCUACGGCACCAUCUACAUUCUCUUCUCCAGCUUCCCCACGCUCUUCGCCGAGGAGUACGGCGAGCGGCCCGGCAUCCAGGGCCUCAACUACAUCUCCAUCGGCCUCGGCUUCUUCAUCGGCACCCAGGUCUGCGCCCCGCUGCAGGACCGCAUUUACGCCGCCCUCAAGCGCCGGUACGUGCCCGACGGCGGGCCCGGCCGCCCCGAGUUUCGCGUCCCGCUCAUGGUCCCCGGCGCCGUCCUCGUGCCCGUCGGCCUCUUCAUCUACGGCUGGACUGCCGAGUACCGCACCCACUGGAUCGGCCCCAACAUCGGAGCCCUCUUGUUCUCCCUCGGCAGCAUCAUCGGCUUCCAGUGCGUCCAGGGCUACCUCGUCGACACCUACACCCGCUUCGCCGCCAGCGCCGUCGGCGCAGCCACCGUCAUGCGCAGCCUCGCGGGCUUCGGCUUCCCGCUCUUUGCGCCGGAAAUGUACAAGGCCCUGGGCUACGGCAAGGGUGGUACCAUCCUGGCCGUGGCGGCCAUUGCCAUCGGCUGGCCAGCGCCUGUGCUGCUGUGGUACUUUGGCGCCAAAUGGCGCGCCAAGAGCAAGUUUUCUGCGUGA